GGCGCGCUCCCCGUAGAGAAAACGAUAGCAAGGCAGAACAGAACUCCCAUAAGAAAGAAAAAACGCGACUGGGAGUUACGGUUGUAAUUAGUUGAGGAUUCCAGGGACAUUAGAGUAAUUAGAGGUAUUUCAGUUCCUAACAGACAGCUACGAGGAAAAACAAAAGACUUGAACAAAAGAAAAAAAAAAAACCACCUCCGCUUUUGCUUUAACAACUUUGGUCUUAACCAGCAACUAACUAACACCUUCUCUUCAUUCUCGGCGCUGAAAUGGCCGAUUCCGAGAAAUUAACGGCGUUAAAGAAGGCUUACGCGGAUAUAAUAUUGAAUUCGGCGAAAGAGGCGGCGGCAAGGAUAAUGGUGUCGGAGAGGAAAGCGCAGCGGUAUCAGCGAGAGCUCUUCGCUGCAAAAGAUGAGGCGUUGCGAAUGCUUCUUAGACUCAAGCAGAUGUUAGAUUCUAAGGUCAGUGAAGCAGAAAUGGCAUCCUUGAAUCAACAGAGAAGGAUUGAAGAGCUAGAAGCACAACUUGGGGAAGCAGAGGAUAUAGUAAAAGACCUUAGAUCAGAGUUAAGAGAAUUGCAGGACGAAUUGGAGAAGGUGGCAAACAGCCAGAUGCGGCCUUUGGAAGAACAAAAUCCUGAGGGUGAAAGGACUACUCUUGUAACUGCAUUUGAGGAGAACAGACUCAGUACUUCUGGGUCUGUAAUACCUUCAGGACCUGCCUCACAGUCUGACCCAGUUAUAACUCUUGAAACAAAGAAUUUGACUUUGAAUGGGACAUGUGCUGGCACUAGGUUGUAUAGUGAAGGUGAUUGCCGUAAAGACAAUUGCUUUGUUUGCAAUCCUGAUUUUGCCUCCAUAGUGAUGAGAAGCAAAGAGCCUGAGCUGUAUAGAAAUGGGUGCACUCAGAGAAUUCGUGCUUUUGAAAGGAGCCUGUUAGGUGGAAAUCUGUCUCUUUCUGGGCAAGAUGAUGAUGUUAAGAAUCAGGUAUUUAUAAUAGAAGAUAAAGAAGAUAAAGAUAUACGUAAACAACUCACUGCCAAGGUUGAUAGAAUUUGUGAUGUUGAGAAAAUUCCUGGUUUAGUCAAGGGUAACAGCAUAAGAAAAAAAAGAAGAAAAAACCCGUCCGUUUCUGGACAAGCUGAUGGUAUAAAGAAUCAGAAAUCUAUUAGAGAAGAAACGAAAGAUAAAUAUAUCUUUACAUGUCUUCCUGUCAAGGCUGAUAGUUGUUGUCAUGGAGGAUAUAUUCCAAGAAGUCUAAAAAGAAAAAGGGCUGCUAGAUAUAGGAGACACAGAGAGUAUAGGAGUUUUCUUCAUGAGGCUGUAGAUAACAAUGUUCAAACUGCAGAAGAUUCUAGGAAAAUUGAUUAUAUAUCUCUGAAGGAUCCUCAGCCACCUGUGCUCCCAAAAUCACCUUCAGAUACAAAUGAAAAGGUUAACCAAUCAGGAUCUUUCGAAGUUAUUGGAAGAGAGGCAGAAUUUGGCAGAACUUGUUCUUUUCAGAAUAUAUCAAACAAUGAUAGUUUUCCAAUAGAUGAAUUGCAGUUGGCUGGACGGGAUGCUGGAACUGCAGAGUGUUCAGAGUUUCCAGCUAGCAGAAAUGAUUUUCAAAUAGCCAGUGUAUUACCAUCAAACUCACAUCUAAAAGAGCCUGGUACCAUUGUAGCAGUUUCUCCUCACCCGCAGCCAUUAUUCAAGUACACAUUCCAAAGGAAAAGGAAGAAGGAAUUUCUAAGCAGCUCAGAUGGUGAAACUUCUUUUGGUAAUCACACUUUGAAGAAAAAGAUGGGGGAGAAACAAAGUGGUUCUCUGGAGUCAGACAAUUCAAGCUUGAUAGCUGAAUCAUCUAGAGAUGAUCGGAGGUUGGCACAGGUUGCUCGUCAGAUAAUGUUAAACCUGGAAAUAGAAGACUUAGCAACUAUCGACUGUCCUUGCAGGAUACCCUGGUAGAGAUUUUAUAACUAUUGGUGGGGAACUUAUCCAAUAGCUUAAAACUUUUAGCUUAUAUCUUUGUCUGAAAAGCAAUGGAAGUAGAGCUGGAUUCAAGUGGAGGAGUUGUUGAAUUUGGACUUGAAGCCAGACCUUCUCAUGUUUAAAGCAGUUCCCAAAGAUGGUGUUUCAUUAGAGGAGUUCCAGUGAAAAUGACGGUUGAUGGAUCAAGAAAAGAGCUAUGCAUCCCAAAGUCGAAUAAUGUUUGGGCAUUUCAUAUCUAUCUAGUUGUAUGCAUUAUUGUAUUUCUUUUUAAUCAUCCAUCUUAGCUUUAAUAUAUAUAUAUAUAUAUAUAUAUAUACACAUAUAGAUAUAUAAGUUGUCAAGAUUAAAACUAUUGGAUCGGUUUUAGUUAGAUAAUUACAAUAGAAUUCUUUUCUUUCUCA